AUGAUGAAUGACAAAAAUAUUAAACCUAUUCCAAUUACUGAUGAUGUUUGAAUGGUGCCUUGCUCCAUAUCAAAAGACAAAAAAGAAUAUCAAGCAAUAGGCAGGCCAUAUAAUUCAGACAUCAAAUCCGACAGAUUGCAAGCCAGACAGUUUUGGCUUCCAGAAGAAGAUGAAACUCUCAGAGAUUUGGUGCUGCACAAAGGCACACAUAGAUGGAGUUUAAUUGCAAAAGAAGUCAACUCAAUCGUUCAUAAUGGGAUGCCAAUAAGGCAAGGCAAGCAAUGUAGGGAGAGAUGAUAUGCUUGAUAAAUUAAAGUAAAUUAUAAUAUAAACUAUAUUAGUUAAAAAAAAUUCUAUGAUGUUGGUAUAUAAUCAUCUUAAUGAUGGCUUAAUAAAAGGCAACUGGACCCCUGAAGAGGAUAUAAUUAUUUUAGAAAAACAGCUGGAAUGGGGAAACAAAUGAAGUGACAUUGCAAGACUUCUUAAAGGGAGAACUGAAAAUCAGGUAAAAAAUAGAUGAAAAAGCAUAACAAAAAGAUCAAAAAAAUCCCGAAAAGGACGAGAGCAGAUAAAAACAAUUAUUUCAGAAAAAAAAGGCUUAGAACCUGAAAGUGUGCCAUUGAGCUCAGUGAUGCCGAUUUCUCCUAUGAUAGUCAGUUCUCCUGGAUUUAUUCCAUUUGCAUUUGAUGAUCAUGGUUUUUCGAACUUAGCAGAUCAGAUAAAAACGAUUUAUCAAAUAGGAAUGACUGGCAUGCAACAAACUGAUGUAUCUCCUUCAGCUUUUCUAUUUUUAAAUAGUCCAAAUGUCAGGCAAUAA